AAUUGCUUUAGCUUUUCAAAUAGCAGAACGAUUUUGUUGUCCACUCUUAGCUCCAAUUUAACCGAAUUAAGAUUUUUAGUCAAUUGAAGCAUUCUGAUGUUUGGCCGUGUCCAAAAAUAUUUUGUACACUUUCGACAAUUGAACCUAAAAAUCAAAGGAUAAGAGAAAGGAUAGAAAGAUGCACAGCUCGGCCAACAAUCGAAAUUCGUAUAUCAUCGUAGUAAUCAAGUAUCUCAUAUAAUUGUAUUAGAGUAUUAGAGUAGUGAGCUUAGUGUUGUGAUUAUCCAAGAUUCUUCAAUUUUCACAGCGAUGGAUUUGUUUAUUUCCGAAGAGCAAGUUGGAUGAGAUAUUAUGAAAAAGUCAAUAGAAUACUAAAUUUUAUUAAAUAAAGGUUUAGUUGCCAAUGAUUUUUGAUUAAAACUGAUUCAUGCACUGAAGUGAACAUGUGAUGAUUCAAAACUGGUAGAUUCCAUAUUUCUCAUCAGAUUGUUAAUCUUUUUGUAAUCAGAUAACUCUAUUCAACGCAAAUAUGAUUAGUAUUUUUGAAAGUUUACGAAAUUUGGUCAAAAUAAGUCAAGUUAAAAUAGAUAAUAGUGUUUUAGUGCUUCAUUAUCCUGUUUCAGUUAUCUUGUUGCUAGCUUUUUGUGUAAUUGUCACAGCCAAGGAAUAUGUUGGUAAACCAAUCGAGUGUUUAACUGAUGAAUCCAUUCCAAUCGACAUUAUCAAUACUUUCUGUUGGAUGUACACAACUUUCACCAUACCUCAAGCAUCAUACAAUUACCCUUUACAAUCAUAUCCAGGCAUAGAUGCUACCAUGGAUGAGAAACAAUUUAAAUAUCAUGGUUAUUACCAAUGGGUAGCUUUUGUCCUUUUCAUUCAAGCCAUAUGUUUUUAUUUGCCCCACUGGCUGUGGAAAUUUUGGGAAGGUGGAAAACUUGAAGCUCUAUCCAAACCCGUGAAUGAAGCCAUUUAUUCGGGUCGUCAUUUGCAACAAAAGCAGCAUAAUCUGGUUAAAUAUCUGGUAUCAAGUCGAGGCAGUCAUGAUUCAUAUUCAUUCAGAUUUUUUAUUUGUGAAUCGUUAGCGUUGGUCAAUAUUUCCUUGCAAUUGUAUUUUCUUGAUAAAUUGUUUGAAGGUGAAUUCCGUCAAUAUGGUCUUGAAGUUAUCAAUUUUUUACUUGUCAAUGAUGAACAGCGAAUUGAUCCAAUGGCUCGUAUUUUUCCUAAAGUUACUAAAUGUCGCUUCAAACGGUAUGGACCAUCAGCGGGGUUAGAUUCAGUCGAUGCUCUUUGUUUGUUGCCUUUAAAUAUUAUUAAUGAAAAAAUUUAUAUUUUCCUUUGGUUUUGGUUUCUAUUACUUUUUAUAUUGACCGCACUCACCCUUGUAAUACAUAUAAUGGUCAUCUCGUCUCGAUCACUUUGGCUCUUUGUGACCAAAUUAACCUACUCUUGGUCCUCAAGUCAACACAUCAAACCCAUUAUUCAAAAAUCAACUUAUGGAGAUUGGUUUUUUCUUUAUAUGCUUGGUUCAAAUAUUGAUCCUGUUGUGUUGAAAAAUGUUUUAUGCGAAUUAGCUGAUAAUGAUGAUUCAAUCAACGAUUCGUGUGAUCUUUAGCUAAAUCUCAAAGAAUUAAGGCUUUCCCUUCACAAGAUAAAACGAUUGUAAUAUUUUCUCCAUCCAAUGACUAAAUACUCCGAU